AGAGAAUUGCUUCGAUUUCAAACCAUUUACAAGAGUACUUAGCAAUUAUUCAUCAUCCUUUGAUUAAUUUCAGUAGAUUAAUUUUCAGUAAAUAAAAGAUACAAGAGAAAAAAUGCAGGCAAUCAAAGAGAAACUCAAUGACAUGAGCCACAUGCGCAAGGCUAAGGCUGAAGCUAAAGAGGAGGAAAAGGAAGAGAAGGAGAUGGCUAAAACAAGAGUUCAAGUCGCGAAAGAAAUCAGGAUGGCAAAAGAGGCAGAAGCCGCCAUGGAUUUGCAUGUUUCCAAGGCGGCAGAAAAGGUGGCACAACAAGAGGCCAAAUGCGCCCACAACCUUCCAACUGCUGAAGCCAUCAUGGAUGAUCAUCACGGCCACCACGGCGGUGCCGCCGGCAGCAUGGGCCAUUCCGCCAGUAUGACAAACGAUCGCCACCAUGACACCGGCGGCGAUCACGCUCGUGGGGCAAGUGCCCCUGUCUACUCAACGGGAGCUAAUAGCCUUAUCUAAGAGGGACAUUAUUGAUCAUUAUGAAGCAUUAGUAGUGCUAUUAAUUUUUGUUGAUUUCAUGUUUCCCCAUUCCAAGUUUCUUCUCACACUUAAUUUAACUAUUAUCAAGUGGGAAGAUUUGUUUCCCUUCACAUUUAGAUUGGAUUUUGUUGAAAUUCUUCUCAAUUGAAUGAAUGUCGUGUGUAAUUUAUUUUCCUUUGAGAAUUGAGAUGGUUGUAGGAGAUGGUUAUAUAUGAACCUAUAUCGUUUUCAGACGAUUAGCUAGUGAUGGUAAA